AUGACGACGCGCGGCGCGGUCGCCUGCAGCGAGGCCCCGAGGGAGGUGCUGGGCGCGCCAUUAUUGCUGAACGCCGGCGAGGGACGGCCAGCGGGCUGUCCCACGGAGACGCCCGGCGCCUCGAUGGACAGGGACCCCGCGAAGAUGGCGGCGGAGAGGGCCGCCAAGUUCAUCAUCCGGGGACCGCUGAUCUUACUGGGGCUUUAUUUGUUUAAUUCUAUGAGAGAAUACGCUAUCAACUACACUAGCGGAGAUAUACGGUUUAGUACGUUUGCUGCGAUUGUUGUUGCCGUACCUAUAGCCGAAAUGUUCUGCAUCUUGGGCCAGACCUUGGUACCGCCAUUGUCGCGGCCUCCCAUUAUUGGAUCAUCGACGCCAUGUGCCGCAUGCGGGUAUGCUUGCGCCGACAGUGAGGUUCCAACGGAGGAGGCGGACGAUGCGCCAUUCUUGGACCUGGAGAAGGGACCCAGCCGCCACACCACGGUGCCGGUGCCGGCGCCGGCGCCGGCGCCGGAGGACGCCACGAGAAGGGCUGCCAUCGAGGCUGCGCUGGACAUGGAUGCCGCGAGGAUCGCUAAAUGCAUCGUCCGGGGACUGUUGGUUUUGCUUUGGGUGUAUUUGGUCGAUUUGAUGAGAAGAUUUAUUGCCACCCACGAGGUGGGAGAAGUACUGCUUUUCACUAUGACUCCUUUGCUCAUUCUCGCUGCAGGCGUCUCUUUCUUCUUAUGCUUUCUGAUGGAGAGGUGUGGUGAAUCUAUCCUUCCAACGAAAUCGUCAUAUUCAGCUAUGCUGGAACUAGAUUAA